AAACUCGCCGAGCCCUCCACCACACGCCGAGACUUGCUCUUCUUCUUCUUGUUGUUGAGGAAUAGAUAGAUAGAAUUCUGGGGCAGCCGGGGCCCGAGAUCGGCGAGGAGCCGUCCGGCCGGCCGUGCUUGCUUGCGCCAUUGAUACAUCCUUCCAUCUCAUCUACUAGAGAGGGAGUUGUAGCAGCAGAUCCACCCAACACAAUGGAGACCUGGGACAGCGUUCCCUCCACCACGCCGCUCCCCUACGCCUACUCGCCGCUCCCGGCCGCCGACGCCGCCUCCGCCGAGGUCUCCGGCGCCGGCCGAGCCAACGGCCGCCGCAGGCCGCUCUGCGCCGCCGCGCUCGUGCUGUCCGCCGCGCUGCUCCUGGCCGUCGCGGCGCUGGCCGGCGUCCGCGUCGCGCCCUCGCGCCCCAUCACGGUGGGAGUGGGAGAGACGACGACUGCGGCGAGGAGCAGGGGCCCCGCGGCCGGCGUGUCGGAGAAGACGUCCGGCGCGCAGGGGAUGCUGCGCGGCGGCAACGCCUUCCCCUGGAGCAACGCGAUGCUGCAAUGGCAGCGCACGGGAUUCCACUUCCAGCCGCAGAAGAACUGGAUGAACGAUCCCAACGGCCCUGUGUACUACAAGGGGUGGUACCACCUCUUCUACCAGUACAACCCCGACGGCGCCAUCUGGGGCAACAAGAUCGCGUGGGGCCACGCCGUGUCCCGCGACCUCGUCCACUGGCGCCACCUCCCGCUCGCCAUGGUGCCCGACCAGUGGUACGACAUCAACGGCGUCUGGACGGGCUCCGCCACCACCCUCCCCGACGGCCGCCUCGCCAUGCUCUACACCGGCUCCACCAACGAGUCGGUGCAGGUGCAGUGCCUCGCCGUCCCCGCCGACCCCGCCGACCCGCUCCUCACCAACUGGACCAAGUACGACGGCAACCCCGUGCUGCUCCCGCCGCCGGCCAUCGGCCCCAAGGACUUCCGCGACCCCACCACCGCCUGGUUCGACCCCUCCGACCGCGCAUGGCGCGUCGUCAUCGGCUCCAAGGACCCGCACCACGCCGGCAUCGCCGUCACCUACCGGACCAAGGACUUGGUCCACUUCGACCUCCUCCCGGGGCUCCUCCACCGCGUCGAGGGCACCGGCAUGUGGGAGUGCAUCGACUUCUACCCCGUCGGCACCAAGCCCUCCAACCAGCACAACGGCAUCGACAUGUCCGACGCCAUCUCCGAGAACGGCGUCGCCGGCGACGUCGUGCACGUCAUGAAGGCCAGCAUGGACGACGACCGCCACGACUACUACGCGCUGGGGCGCUACGACGCCGCCGCCAACGCCUGGACGCCGCUCGACCCGGCGAGCGACGUCGGCAUCGGCCUCCGCUACGACUGGGGCAAGUUCUACGCCUCCAAGACCUUCUACGACCCGGCCAAGCGCCGCCGCGUGCUCUGGGGCUGGGUCGGCGAGACCGACUCGGAGCGCGCCGACGUCGCCAAGGGCUGGGCGUCGCUGCAGUCGCUCCCCCGCACCGUGCUGCUCGACACCAAGACCGGCGCCAACCUCCUGCAGUGGCCCGUCGAGGAGGUGGACGCGCUCCGCACCAACUCCACCGACCUCAGCGGCAUCACCGUCGACCACGGCUCCGUCUUCCCGCUCAGCCUCCGCCGCGCCACCCAGCUCGACAUCGUCGCCGAGUUCGAGCUCGACCGCCGCGCCGUCAUGGCGCUCAACGAGGCCGACGUCGGCUACAACUGCAGCACCAGCGGCGGCGCCGCCAGCAGGGGCGCGCUCGGCCCCUUCGGCCUGCUCGUCCUCGCCGACAAGCACCUCCACGAGCAGACGGCCGUCUACUUCUACGUGGCCAAGGGGCUCGACGGCGCCCUCACCACGCACUUCUGCCAGGACGAGUCGCGCUCCUCCUCCGCCAACGACAUCGUCAAGCGCGUCGUCGGUAGCGCCGUCCCGGUGCUCGACGGCGAGGACACGCUCUCGCUCCGGGUGCUCGUGGACCACUCCAUCGUCGAGAGCUUCGCGCAGGGCGGCAGGUCCACCGCCACCUCGCGCGUCUACCCGACCGAGGCCAUCUACGCCAACGCCGGCGUCUACCUCUUCAACAACGCCACCGCCGCGCGCGUCACCGCAAAGAAGCUCGUCGUGCACGAGAUGGACUCGUCAUACAACCACGACUACCUUUAAUUUCUUCAUCAGAUCAUCGUCUCCAUUAUAUUUUUGAGCCAUCCACGGCUUGUACUUAUUGUUAAUUCCGAUCCAAGCAUGCCUCUCGAUUUUUGUUUAUCUUUCUUUUCUUCUUUUUAAUCUCCUCCUCUCCUAAGCAGGCUAUAUAAUUUUUGUUUCUGGUUCCAUUACCUUACUGUUAUUAUUAUCAUCAAGCUAGCGCUCGAGGCCUUGUUCCAAUUGUACUAUGUACAUAGUGGUGUAUCACCAUGAGCAGGCUAUCAAUGCCCCCACACAUAUAUAGCAGAGUUUAAUUA